AUGGUGUCGCGUCUACAUCCGUCAUCAAGACUGUCUGCGGGUAGUGUUGUACGCAGCUAUCCCAGCCAAAAUCCCUCAACGUCCCGGACACGCCCAGCUCCUGCUCCUGCUCCCAACCGACCUAGAUCCAACGUCGCGACCGCCAUUCAAAACCAGCCCCACAUCCAGCAAGCUCUACAGUCAACUCUUAGCCAUGGCGAUGUCAUCUUCAUUGACCCCAACUUCAAACGCGACGUCCAAGAUUUCUUUGGUCUCCCUGGCCGUCCCCGAAUUACUAAUACCUCAUACCACGAGUUCGACUCUGUACCACAUUAUGAACCUGGUAUCGACGAUCUUGCUUUGUGGAAUAAGAAGGUGGAAGCAGAGAGAGGGGAUGACAUGUAG